GGCUGGCAUUCGUUGUUAAGUUGGUAACUCCCUCUUCUUCUUCCAUCUGUCUUUCAAACUUUCUCUGGCGCAAAUUACUCUAAACUUUAACACUUCCAAACUCAAUUUUUCUUUCCCAAUUUUUCCCUAAAAAAAAUAAUCAUUUUCGAGUAAACACACUCUUCCUCAUCCAUGGCAUCUCGCCGCCGCAUGUUAUUGAAGGUCAUAAUCCUUGGAGAUAGCGGGGUCGGUAAAACAUCACUGAUGAAUCAGUAUGUGAAUCGUAAAUUUAGUAAUCAGUAUAAGGCAACCAUUGGUGCAGAUUUUCUCACCAAGGAGGUUCAGUUUGAAGACAGGUUGUUCACAUUGCAGAUUUGGGAUACUGCUGGUCAAGAGAGGUUUCAAAGUCUUGGUGUGGCUUUCUACCGUGGUGCAGAUUGCUGUGUCCUUGUUUAUGAUGUAAAUGUAAUGAAAUCCUUUGACAAUCUCAACCACUGGCGAGAAGAAUUUCUUAUUCAGGCUAGUCCAUCUAAUCCUGAAAACUUCCCAUUUGUUGUAUUGGGAAACAAAAUAGACGUUGAUGGUGGAAACAGCAGAGUUGUUUCUGAGAAGAAAGCAAAGGCAUGGUGUGCUUCGAAGGGAAACAUACCAUACUUCGAGACCUCUGCAAAAGAAGGAUUUAAUGUUGAAGAUGCUUUCCAGUGCAUAGCAAAAAAUGCACUGAAGAAUGAACCUGAAGAAGAAAUGUACCUGCCUGAUACAAUCGAAGUUGGUGGUGGUGGAAGGCAACAGAGAUCUACUGGUUGUGAAUGUUAAGUGGAUUAUUAGCCACCAACUACAUUAUCGACUUUGUAAAACCAAGGACAACUUUCAAAUUUUGUUUUGUAUCUAUCUAGUGGAUUUAGCUGCCAUCAUGUUUAUUUUUCUGUCUUUAUCUUUUCUGUUUGUGACAAAUGAUCCGCCAAAUCAGGAAAUGUAUGUUGAAAAUUGUUUUGUUCAAUUGAGUUAUGACAUUGAUUUGUGUUACAAGUAGCA